CACGGGCAUAGCCCAAUGCAAGCUGAGAGCUCAGCCACCGCUGGACGCUGGUGAACGACACGGCCAAGAAAACGGGAGUAGCUUCCAAGGGCGACGUUAAUCCCCUCACCGGCCGCAGCUGCAAGCAACAACCCGCCCACGCCACACCACAGCCAGGAACCACAAGAUAACGCACACAAGACCAAACCGAGAGAGGGAUAGAGAGAGAGAGAGAUAUUAGCUGGCUAGUAGUAUCUCUGCAACAAGGGAGAAAUUCAGCCAAGCUUGCAGCAAAUUCAGAAGUAGCAGCGGGGGAUUGGUUUGGGCUGUGACCGGAGAGCAUGGAGGAGCCGUCCAUGGCGGACCCGCCGCGGAUUUUGUGGAAGUCGAGGAGGAGACCGUCGUCAUCAGCCAAUGGCCGGAGCUUGCAAGUACAAGAACUUACCAAUGAGGCUGCUGCCACUGAAGAAGCUGCGAACGUUCUUCAGCCCCAAGAGGGAGAAGAAGCCAUGAAGAUCGAUGACGCAAAUGCAGCAAGCACCACCACAGACGAUGAUGCUCAGCAUCCAGAUCCAAUGGCUAACCUAUCCGAGAAGCGAAAGGCUCUCUUUGAGCCCCUGGAGCCGAUCAACGGCAAGCGCAGCUCCUCCGACAUGCUGCUCCCACCACCGGAUUUCGAGCCUGCAUCAUAUCCCAAGGGGUGGCUGGUCGGCAAAAAGCGCAAGCUCGUCAAUGUGGAUGUGGUUGAGAGCAUGAGGAGGAUAGCGAUCCAGGAGAUGAACAGAAAGGACCGUGAGAUCGGUGGGCUGAAUGAACAGCUAGAGGAGGACUCCCGAGUGCUGGAGUUGUUGCAGAAGCAGCUCGCGGACGAGCGCAGGAAGCGGACAGAGAUCGAGAAGGAGAACUCGAUGCUCCAAGAGCAGGUGUCUAUGCUGAUGAACAUGAUUGACGAAAAUGAAGCCUUUGACGAUGAAGGAGAAGAGGCACCGCCGGGCGAAGGCUUUGAUUAGCCCUCUUUAAAAAAGGCAUCUGCAACAUGUUCAUCUCUGGGUACCAGUUUCAGAGUAUCCGAGAGAUUCCUAUUGAUCUCUUGUGUAGAAUUCAAUUUAUCCUAUUUCAUUUCAUUUCAUGGUUUGGUUUGUGUAGAUGAAAGGAGCAUUUUUAAUUGUCCCUGUUCAUGUCUAGGUUUGUUGCAGAUGUAUGGAGACAUUUGCAACACAUUCUAUAUGAAAUGGAAGCAUGUUUAUAGUGUUAUGAUUA